AAAUUCUAACUGAACAGGGAACGAAUGACGGUGAAUUUGUUCUGAGUUGUGUUCAGAUACAUAAGAUAAGAAACAGGGGAAGAAGUGGGAAGUCAAGAUGGCAUAGACAGAGUCCAACGUUGUUGUGAAUAUCAUCGAGAAUGGGGGAUAGGGUGGAAACGCUUGCCAGAUUAGCCCAAUGGAAAAUUGACAGCUUCGGAUCUUCUUCUUACAAAAAAUCUGAACCAUUCAAGGUCGGAAUCUGGAACUGGUACUUUUCAAUAGUGAGGAAUAGCCAUAGGUAUCUUUACAUACAUCUUUUCCCAGAACCUUCCCGGGUUUCUAAGGAUCAUCCACCCCUUGCCCGAUUCAUUCUUCGUGUCUCCAAUGCCGGUUCUUCCCGCAGCUUUCGUAUUUCUCCUGUUCAAGAAAGGGUGCUUAGAACGCAUGACGACUUCGUCUGGCCUGUGGAUACUACUUUUGUUGGUCGCUUCAUCAUUGAUGUUGAGUUCCUAGACCUGAAGAUAUGCCCUCUUAAUGGUGAGGCCAGUUCUAUAUUGCCAUCUGAAGGAAAUUUUCAAUCCAUUGCAUCUCGAAAUAGUACUCUUCGUUGCCUCUCUCGCAUGCUUGAUGAGGCCAUACAUGCUGACCUAACCAUUAUCACUGCAGAUGGUACAUUGAAAGCUCACAAGGCAGUUCUGUCCGCAAGUUCUCCAGUGUUUCAGAGCAUGUUUCAUCACAACCUGAAGGAAAAAGAGUCUUCUACAAUCCAUAUAGAAGACAUGUCACUUGAAUCAUGCAUGGCUCUUCUAACUUACUUGUAUGGAACAAUCAAACAAGAAGAUUUCUUGAAACACCGGCUUGCAUUGCUUGGAGCGGCAAACAAAUAUGAUAUUGGUGGUCUCAAGGAUUUCUGUGAGGAAAGCCUCCUGGAAGAUCUCAACUCUGGAAAUGUUCUCGAGAUGCUAAAUGAGGCUUGGUUUUAUCAAUUACACAAGUUAAAGAAAGGAUGUUUGACGUACUUAUUUGAAUUUGGUAAGAUAUAUGAUAUUAAAGAGGAUGAACAAAGUAACUUUUUCCAGCAUGCUGAUAGGGAGCUAAUGGUGGAGAUGUUUCAUGAAGUGCUCUCAAUUUCAAACCCAGUAUAGGUUAACAUGGGAAUAUUCUUGGCCCCUUGGACUCGGACCCUGUAAAUGAUACAUCAAUGUGUAUAGCCACGUUUCCUCCUCAUACUUUUCACUGUACAGGGAUAAUAAUUCAUAAUACUAAAUUGUAUUUGCCUUCAACAGCCCGGUGGUGAAAAUGGCAAAUGAAAAGUAUAUUAUUUAGUAGUUGAUGCGAAGGACUGUUAACAUUUCUUUUUGAUUAUUCAAAUGAUCUUAUAGUUUGUUUAUUC